AUGGGCUGGCCUUAUCAUAUCAUCAGCCUCACUGAGUCUCAAGUGCAGGAGCGUCGCGUACUGCUCGACCGUUAUGGCGUCUACGCUCAACUCUCGGCUCUCGUUCCCGUUAUCUUCUAUCAGCUGUACCGUCUCGCUGUCUGGGUCUCUCUUGUGAGACGGAGAUCCAAGGACUCUGUUUUGCCCAGUUCCCCCGACUUGAAGGUUCGGAGAGGGGGUACGGAGGGUGUGCUGGUGAGGAAGUGGAGAGCGACGAAGUGGUGGCUUGGAGGAGAGGUUGCGGAAGGAUGGGGUUCAAGGGGGCAUUGGGUUGCUGGGGGUGCGUGGGCGACUUGGUUGCUGCUCUUAUGUGUUAGGGAGACUGGUGAAGAUUAUUUCCAUCUCACCAAACGCUUCGGAGUCAUAGCCGCAUCUCAGCUGCCUCUCCAUUACAUGCUUUCCAUGAAGUCUGUCUACUCCCCCCUAGCACUCGUCUUCCGCGCCUCCCACGAAGAGCUCAACCCUUGGCAUCGACUCUCCGGCCGCAUCAUCUACGGCCUCCUCCUCUGCCACGCAGCAUGGUACUUGAACUUCUUCGUCCUGGCUGGCCUCCUCCAGAAACGCCUCGCGGAUCCUGUGGUCAUGAUCGGCAUCCUCGGCAUCAUCAUGCUCACCAUCCUCUCCUCCACCUCCCUAGAAGCCGUCAGACGGUGGUCCUACCGCGUCUUCUUCGUCACUCACUUGAUCAUUGGAGUCACUCUCAUGCCCCUCCUCUUCUUCCACGCCUCACCCUUACGGAUCUACGUCGUUGAAGCCCUAGUACUCUUCAUCUUCGACAUCGCGUGCCGCAAACUAGACACCAUCACUGGUUUCGCUACCAUAGCCCAGAUCCCCAACACGACACUCAUCCAAGUAACCAUCCCGGUGCCUCAAUCUAAGAUUCGAAGAUUUGCAGCCGCGCCCGGACAGCACGUUUACCUGCAAAUCCCAGCCGAGAGCACGCCCCCAAACACCGGCUCCCCAUCCAUCCACGACCUAUGCUACAACCCCUUCACAAUCGCCUCCGUCUCGCCAGCCGACGCAACCAUCACCCUCGUCCUCCGCGCCCUCAACGGACCCACCACAACGGCCCUCUCGGCCCUCACCCGCCUCUCCAAAGCCAGACCCCCCCUCAACAUCGAAGGCCCCCUCGGCGGCUCCAGACACUUUCCCAACCUCGCGCGGGACUACGACCGGAUCCUGCUCGUGGCCGGCGGAGUCGGCGCUACCUUCGCCCUCCCGAUCUACGCCUCCGUGAAAGAACAGCUCAUCGCCGAAGGGAAAUACCCCGACCGCGUAUCGCUCACGUGGAGUCUGCGCUCGACGGCCGAGGCGGCCUGGACGGCUGACUAUCACCCCGCGUCCUCCUCCUCCUUGCGAGCGCUCGACGACGAGAACAUCAGUGUCUUCCUCACGCACGGGCCGUCGCCGCGUGAUGGGCGGGAGGAGCUGUUGCCUGUCGACGGGGCCGGCGUUGGUGUUAGUGUUGAGAUGGGCGAUUUACGGAACCCGAGUGCUGAUGCUGAUGCUGAGGGGGAGGGGGAGGGGAAUACGAAGAUGCAUUCUGGGCUUGGGCUUGCAGGGAGGGGGAGGCCUGAUCUGAGAAGAGUCGUUGAUGGCGUUUUCCGGCUGGGCCGGGAGGAGCGGGUUGCGGUUCUGGUGUGUGGGCCGGCGUCGAUGGCGAGGGAGGUGAGGGCGCAUGUGGGGAGGUGGGUGAAAGGGAGGGGGAGAGACGUUUGGUGGCAUGAUGAGGGCUUUGGGUGGUGA